UCAUCCCGGCGGGCGGCUCAGAGGUGGAAACAUACAGUUUAAAGUCUCUCUGGAUGCAUUUAAAAUGAACAAAGGCUCCUCUGACAGGUACCCGAAUGACUGUGCAGCACCCUUUCAUCUGCUCGUCGGGUUUCUUCGGAAGUACUCCUCUGGCUCCCAACGUCUUGUGCUUUUGAUAUGACGUUUCCCAAGACUCUUCAAGACAAAUGUCUUAGUUCUGCCUAGAUAUAAAAAUACAUGCAUAUAAACUGUUUUAUAUAGUUAAAAAAAUAUCUCCAGCAGGAAUUCAGACAACAACCCAUCACCCCGUAUUACCCUACUUCCCCUCUCCCUGUUUCGCUUUACAUCAGAUUAAUAGGGACAUCAAAACACGCUUAGCACACACUCACACAUACAUACACAAGCCACCAUGUCCUCCAUCCUUCCCUUCACUCCCCCGGUAGUGAAGCGCCUGCUGGGAUGGAAGAAGACUCCAACGGGGAGCGGAGGAGCCGGAGGAGGCAUUGGAGGAGUAGGGGAGCAGAACGGAGGCGGACAGGAGGAUAAGUGGUGUGAAAAAGCUGUGAAGAGCUUGGUGAAGAAGCUGAAGAAGACUGGGCAGCUGGAUGAGCUAGAGAAAGCCAUCAGCACGCAGAACAGCAACACAAAGUGUGUCACCAUACCCAGUAAUUGCUCAGAUCUAUGGGGUCUAGGUUCAGGCCACACGAUAGAGCAGUGGGACUCUACAGGCAUGUACGGAUACCAUGACCACAGCAGGUCACUGGACGGGCGUCUCCAGGUGUCCCACCGUAAGGGCCUGCCCCACGUCAUCUACUGCCGCCUGUGGAGAUGGCCCGACCUCCACAGCCACCAUGAGCUGAGGGCCAUCGACUCCUGCCAGUUCGCCUUCAACCUCAAAAAGGAUGAAGUGUGUGUCAAUCCCUACCAUUACCAGAGAGUGGAGACGCCUGUGCUGCCUCCGGUGUUGGUGCCACGCCACACAGAGAUUCUCACAGAGCUUCCUCCUCUAGACGACUUUACAAACUCCAUCCCCGAAAACACCAAUUUCCCUGCCGGCAUAGACCCUCCUAAUAACUAUAUACCAGAGACUCCUCCACCUGGCUACAUCAGUGAAGAUGGAGAGAACAGCGACCAACAGAUGAAUCAAAGUAUGGAAUCAGGCUCACCUGCAGAAAUGUCACCUGGCGCCUUGUCACCCGUCAGUAAUAGCCUGGACCUUCAGCCGGUUACCUACAGCGAACCAGCUUUCUGGUGCUCGAUAGCCUACUACGAGCUGAACCAGCGGGUCGGGGAGACGUUCCACGCCUCACAGCCAUCUCUGACGGUCGAUGGCUUCACCGACCCCUCCAACUCUGAACGCUUCUGUCUCGGGCUUCUCAGCAACGUAAACAGGAACGCAACUGUUGAAAUGACAAGGAGACAUAUAGGUCGUGGUGUACGGUUAUAUUACAUCGGAGGGGAGGUGUUUGCCGAGUGCCUCAGCGACAGUGCCAUUUUUGUCCAGAGUCCCAACUGCAACCAGCGAUACGGCUGGCACCCUGCCACAGUCUGCAAGAUACCACCAGGCUGUAAUCUGAAGAUUUUCAACAACCAGGAGUUUGCUGCACUACUGGCCCAGUCAGUCAAUCAGGGAUUUGAGGCGGUCUACCAACUAACCAGGAUGUGCACCAUCAGAAUGAGCUUCGUCAAGGGCUGGGGAGCAGAGUACAGACGUCAGACGGUAACCAGCACUCCCUGUUGGAUUGAGCUGCACCUCAACGGCCCCCUCCAGUGGUUGGAUAAGGUGCUGACCCAGAUGGGUUCGCCGUCCGUGCGCUGCUCCAGUAUGUCCUAAACGGGUUUCUGCUGCUGCUUACGCAAAGUCAAUCUGACAUUUCACAACAUCUGACCAGUAUGUCGAGAAGGAAGACCACCGUGCGGUUCUUUAAUUUGACGCACCAACAACAUUAUCAUAAAGAGGAGAGAGAGAGAGAGAAAAAGAAAAAGGAUGUUGGGGUCUUGGAGGAUCGGAGAAUGACAUCGCCGAUGGACAAUAGUGGAAUGUUAACGAUGUCACAGUGGGCCUCAUCACCAUUUGGCUCUGUUGGGAUUAAAGUAAGGAUGACGUUCCAGUAAUCAUGGACCUAAUAAUUGAAACCACCCUGCAAUAUCAAACUCAUGUUUUUGGUAUAUGACUGAGGAUCUGAACCAGAAACCGGGCAGUCUCUCCCACCACUAGUCCCCACUUACUGCCUCACUACCCAACUACCACAGCACAACUUUGAUUCAGCAUCAAGAUCUCUGUUUACACAAGGUUGACCAACAGUAGUACUGCCACUCCAGGCUCAUGCUCAACCAAAGUCAGCUCCACACCUGGACGUUUUUUUGUUUUUUCUUUCUCGGUUUUGGUGACCAAACUUCCAUUCCAUUUUUUUUUACCUCAGAUUCCAACUUUUCCUAGAUUUCUCCUCAUCAGUCCUGUGGUGUCGUGAUCACAGACCUGACUACGCUGGAGCGACGGUCUUCAGCACUGAAAGGGGAGAGCAUGUUGUCUUUAAUUACUACUACAUACCCUGUCUUCACAUGUACGCACACAUUACACCGUAACACAGACAAAUCUUUGCAGUCCUUGCGCUGCUUCACUUGCUAUUUGUGACAUAACGACAAGUCAUUUCCUCUGCAUGCUUAUUAAGUCGCUUGGUCCCGUUCAACCAUGAGUGUGCAGUGUGGUUGGUGUUUGAAACAGCUGCUAGCCAGCACAGAUAACUGGAAUAGGUCAUUUUCAUGGCAAGAGCUUAGGACAUGUCCCUCCUCUGAAACUUCAUGCAAUCAUUCAACUUGUUUUCAGACUCUUAAAGGCGUACAGAGUUAGGCACAGUUAACAGUUUGUCGUCCCCCCCUGGUUUCUGAGGACCAACAACAUGCUCUGACCCCGUUUCCCCCCCUGCACGUUCUUACACUCUCCCUCUUACAUUCUCUUCAUUAACUUUUAACUAUUAUAUCAUCUUACUUAUGAAGGAGAAUUGUAUGUUGGACUUGGAGAUGUAGGUUUAGGACUAUAAACGCAGUUCAAUAAUCUCAAUGUCGCCCCCUGCUGUCUAAAAUAAAAACUAUAUAAACAGCCAUCCCUCACGAUUCACUGACGUAGACAUGGUGCAAGUCUCUCUUGAUUAUAUGCUCGAAAUGAUGCACGGUUUUCCCCCAUUAUUGAAAUUUUAUUGAUCGGAAGACAAGUCCUGCAGGGACUUAAAAUAGCUUCUGCACUGUACUUGCACUGCCCCAAAUUAUGCACACUUGAUAUUGCUACAAGAAAGUUGCCUUUGAUGUAAAAAUACAGCAAGAUAUGCUUUGAAAUGUACAGAUAGGAAUGUUUUAAAAAAAGCCCAAUUGAAGUCAAGACAAUUACAAAAGAUAUCUUCCAUAUUUUUAAGAAUGUUCACUUUAAAGAGUUUUUCUUCCGUCUAUUGUCUGAAUUGGCUUAUUAAAGAGCAUUCAUUUAGAUUUUUUUUUUAAUAAAAAUGUCUCACCCCGAUCUAAAAGCCAGCUGGUACCCACAUCGGUAUUUUAGAGUCCAAAUCGUUAGUAUUUAAGCUUUAAGUAUUUGACAAGCUAGUUAUACUACACAGCUAUUAUUUUCUUUAAACAUUGUUUAAGCUACAUUUUUGUACUUUCAUGUAUUUUUUAUAUAUGGAUAUAUUUAAGAUCUUCAAAGCGUUCUUCCCUUUUUUUAGAAUUCAAUAUUUUUUUAGAAUGUGCCCCUCCGUUCGAAAUGACCACCGCUCGAUGAUGAUUUAUGACGUGUGUACCAUAGGAUUGAACGUUUUCACUGAAUUUUCCACUGUCCAAAUGUUGUGACUGCGAGACCAAGUGAUCAUAAAUACCAUACUAAUUUCUUCCAAACCCAAUUAGGCUACUAAAACGGUAAAAGAGGCCAGUGAAAUUUGAAAUAUUAGCUGUUACAGCUGGUCAAAAAGGUAGUUUCUUGCCUUUUUGUCGUGUGCAUUCUUCAGCUCUAUGGGUGUGACCCAAAUUAUGAUAGUGCUGUCCCAAAGACUGAAUGCAUGUAUUUACAGUGUGUCCUUCACACUGAAGACCCACCUACUCGCUGAUGAAAACCUAACCGCUCCAGUUUUCCAGCCUUCAAUUUAAUUGAUCGGGAAGUUUAAACUCACAAGUUUUGGUUAGUUACAAAUUGUUAAGUUACAAAUCAAGAUGCCUGUUUAAAAAAAACCCAUCCAAACUAAACUAUAAUUCAGACUGUUCGGAGAUAUAAGGAUUUAAUCCAGCAGCUGGGCAAUGCAGUAUUAUUUCCCAGUAUCAAAGCAGUUCGUAUUCAUUUUAAAAGCUCUAACUUUGAAAGGUAGAUUUGUUGAUUUCUGUCUUUAGCAACACAGGACGUUCCAACAUUCAGCGUAAAAGUUUCUGCCAUUUUAAAAUGCAUAUUUGAAUUCCCAUGACUCCGUAUGUAUGUUUUGUACACGUUUAAUUACAGUGAGCGUGUUUACAUGCACACGUAUUGAAAUUCCAUUCAAGGUCUCUUUACUCUUUAAGUACAUUCCUCACUUGUAUUUUCCACACACAGAGGUGGACUGGGGGUUAUUAUUUCCUCACUAUCUUGGCUCAUACUGUCACAUUCCAGAAGCUUGUGGCAUAAACCUGACAGUGUUCUUAACUUGGUGCUCAGUAAUGCCAGUGUGCAUGUAAACACAUUGACAUGUUCUAUUUGAUCACUCACUACUGCAACAUGUGGGGGGAAAUGUUGAUCUUAAAAAUAAGUUGUGGAACUCUGAAUGAAGGUUUAACAAAGUUUUCUUUAGUUUAUUAUUCAAUGGCUGAGAUAAGAAGUCCAUAAAUCCUAGUGUUUUAAUCAUACAUAUUUUCCGCAUCCCGCAGAAACGUAACAAUUCAUGAUUUGUGUUUGAUACGCACUUGAAAGGUGACACACCCUCCCACUUUCUGAUGUGCUUUGGCACUCGGACUAAACCGAGAGAUUGACACUUUUGAAAAUCCCGCAGGACGGCCUGUUUUUGACGAUUGUUCGACCACCGCAAAUCAUCAAGUCCUACUGCUUUUAGGAAAACCAUUUUCAUCAUUUAUCGAGCAUUUUCCUGGGUCAAAUUCGUAUCACUUGUAACAUGUCUGAGACCAGCCAAAUGCAUCAGUGUUUUUAUCUCUGUAUGUGUAUCUAUCUGUCCACCUGUCUGUCCUGUCCUUUUGCUGGUCUGUCUUUUUGUCUUUCGUUCAUUAGGGAAAAAGUUGACUUGACUCUGCCAAGGUCAGUGCACAUGAAAUGAAAAUAUAGUGUUACCUUUUUUAAGGUUGUUGUAUCACUGCUAACCCACAUAUCUGUUCUAUGCAGUGGCAUCAAAUUGUUUGCACUAUGUUUUCAAACACAUUUUUCUGAUGGUUACAUAUGCUGUUUUAUGCAUAUUGCCAGGGUCCAACAAAAGCCUUUGUAUCAAGUUUUUAUUUUUUGUUCCUUUUUAAACGAGUGCCACCCAACAUUUUACACCCACCAGCUGUUCUCACUCUCUUGAGAAUUCAGUUUUAAAGAUGGAAGAUGAGACCAAGUUAGGUUUCAUGAAGGCCACAUCCACACAUUUUAAGGGUCCACAUUCCAAUUUACAGAUUACAUAUUUUAUUUUUUCUUAUUGUGAUGACAAUUGUGUAUCCCCAAAAAAGCCUCUUUCUGAUGAAUUCUUAAGAAGGUAGCUUGUUGGAGAAAGUGAAGUUUCUACAUGUCACUGGUGAUGUUAUGUAUAGUUGUACUUUUAUUUUACUGUACAUGCUGUUCUUUUUUCUUGCUAUCAGCGGAGCCUUUUCCAUUAGAAAACAAGCUGUUAGGAUUUCUGUCUUCUUCAAACACUGAUGACGAUCUUCAUUUAGGCUUUCCAACUAGUCUACAUAUACAAACAUCUUCUUACAGUGUACACUAAUAAAGCUGUUUUAAUU